CGCAUGCGCAGAGAGUAGCAAUUGUUCGCGAAUCCCGUCAUAAGCGGAGUCGGGAGUAAUAACAUUUUGUCGGGUCCAGCAAAAGAGGGAUACGGAGAGAGUUUCGUGGCGUUUCUCGUGUAAAAGCGGGUUUAUUGUGCGCUGAGGGCCGAGGGCCGGGUGAUGCGCGCAUAUGUCUAGGCUCGGAAGAACCCAGCUUCUGACCACGGUAGAAGGGAAGAGGUCGGCCUCUGGUGACCACACGGUGUUCACAUUCGCGAAGCGGAACAAACACUCGGCUACGGCCUCCAAAAUCGACGAGAUCGAGAACAUGACCGAUACCGCGGCUGCGACCAACACCCAAAAGCGGGCCAACUUUUCGGCCCUUACUGUCGCAAAUCCUAAUGGAGUCAACAAGAUCUCGCCGAGCCUGGCCAACGCGAAGCCAGGAUCGGCCAAAAAACUCGUCAUCAAAAACUUUAAGAAUAAGCCAAAGUUACCAGAAAAUUAUCAGGAACAAACAUGGGAGAAGCUACGAGAGGCAGUGGUGGCCAUUCAAACUAGCAAAAGCAUCCACUAUUCGUUAGAAGAACUUUAUCAGGCUGUAGAAAAUAUGUGUAAUCAUAAAAUGGCAUCCACACUAUACACAAAAUUAACAAAAUUGAUGGAAUCACAUGUUGAAGCUAAUGUCGAGCAGUUCUUAGCGGAGUCCAUGGAUAGGCAUAUCUUUUUAAAGAAGAUGAACGAGUGCUGGCAGUCGCAUUGCCGACAAAUGAUUAUGAUUAGAAGUAUCUUUCUAUAUCUAGAUAGGACUUAUGUGUUACAAAAUCCUAGUAUUCCUUCGAUUUGGGAUUUGGGCUUAAACUUGUUUAGAUGUCAUAUCGCUUUAAAUAAUUUAGUACAAACACGUACGGUUGAAGGACUUUUGAUGCUAAUAGAGAAGGAGCGUCAAGGUGACACCGUUGACCGAACGCUUUUGAAAUCUCUGCUGCGGAUGUUAUCUGAUUUGCAAAUCUACGAACAAGCCUUCCAAAUGAAGUUCCUGCUGGCUACAGAAAGAUUAUAUGCUGCAGAGGGUCAAAGGCUAAUGAAUGAACAUGAUGUUCCUGAGUACUUAGCCCACGUUGAUAAACGCUUGCAGGAAGAAAAUGAAAGAUUAUUACACUAUCUUGAUUCGUCCUCUAAAUGGACGCUAAUAUACACAGUUGAAAAACAAUUACUAUCCGAGCAUAUUUCAAGUAUUUUACAAAAAGGAUUAACUGGAUUGCUGGAUGAGAAUAGGAUCAGUGACUUAUCGUUACUUUACAAUUUGUACAGUCGAGUAAAGAACGGCCUUGCAGAACUCUGUUUGAAUUUUAAUUGUUAUAUUAAGAAAAAGGGGAAGACGAUAGUUAUAGAUCCCGAAAAGGACAAAACGAUGGUUCAAGAACUAUUAGAUUUUAAGGAUAAAAUGGACAACAUCGUUAAUACGUGUUUCCACAAGAAUGAGAAGUUUUCAAACAGUUUAAAAGAAGCUUUUGAAGCAUUUAUUAACCAACGUGCAAACAAACCAGCUGAGCUAAUAGCAAAAUUUGUCGAUUGCAAGUUGCGAGCAGGGAACAAAGAAGCAACGGAAGAAGAAUUGGAAAGGUUGUUAGAUAAAAUUAUGGUGCUCUUUCGUUUCAUUCAUGGGAAAGAUGUAUUCGAAGCAUUUUAUAAGAAAGACCUGGCGAAACGUUUAUUGGUUGGUAAAUCAGCUUCCGUCGAUGCUGAGAAAUCUAUGCUGUCGAAAUUAAAACAAGAAUGUGGCGGUGGAUUCACGAGUAAACUUGAAGGAAUGUUCAAAGAUAUGGAACUUAGCAAAGACAUUAACAUUGCUUUUAAACAGUAUGCGGGAAAUCUGCAAAAUGAAUUAUCUGCCAGUACCUUAGAUUUGACAGUGUCCAUUCUUACAAUGGGUUAUUGGCCAACUUAUCCAGUAAUGGAAGUAACGUUGCCAGCAGAAAUGGUCCAAUAUCAAGAUGUUUUUAACAAAUUUUACUUGGGUAAACAUAGCGGAAGAAAGUUGCAAUGGCAGCCUACGUUGGGCCAUUGUGUACUUAAAGCUUGGUUUAAUCAGGGCAAUAAAGAAUUACAAGUAUCGUUGUUUCAAGCAUUAGUAUUGAUUCUAUUCAAUGACGCUGACAACUUGUCUCUGGAAGACAUCAAAGCAGCGACAAACAUCGAGGAUGGCGAAUUAAGGAGGACAUUGCAAUCUUUAGCCUGCGGCAAAGCUAGAGUUUUACAAAAGAAUCCCAGAGGAAGAGACGUGGCCGAUAACGAUAGAUUUAUAUUUAACGCGGAAUUUACGAAUAAACUUUUCAGAAUCAAAAUUAAUCAAAUCCAAAUGAAAGAAACGAACGAAGAACAAAAAGCAACCGAAGAGAGGGUAUAUCAAGAUAGGCAGUAUCAAAUCGACGCCGCUAUAGUAAGGAUCAUGAAAAUGAGGAAAACUCUAACGCACAAUCUUCUCAUUAGUGAACUUUACAAUCAACUUAAAUUCCCUGUCAAGCCUGCGGACCUGAAGAAACGAAUCGAGUCGCUGAUCGAUCGCGAUUACAUGGAGCGAGACAAGGAUAAUGCAAAUCAGUACAACUAUGUCGCGUAACCUCGACCGAAUGCCAAAGUCAGAUUGAGUUGGAUAACGUUUAUACGUUUUGAUAAAAACCAUCGGAUUACUGUUGAUGUACUCUCUUGUUGAAUAUAACGAGUUAAAACUCGAAAGUACGAAAGACAGACCGUUAUCAUGAACCUGCGCUACGUCGCAGAGGACUGACUGAGACAUUAAAACGGUUUCCAGCAACUUGGAGGCACGAAAGGAAGGAAACGUUGAGAAUAAACGAAGCUAAUCGGGUUCGGUGAGCCAAGCAGUAUGUUGGAUGCUGGACACAUACGACCAUGUUGCAAGCAGUGCUUCGACGUCACUUUGUUUUGUGUUAUGUCUCAACUUUUACUACCGCAGAGUGUAUGCGAGGAUCACAUUAAUAGAUGUUUCAGCAGUUUUUAUGCGAUACAGUUCUUCACAACAUUAAAGAUUGAUCAUGAAGAGUAACGAAUGUGAUUUACGAACCUGCUACAGUUAUUUAAGAAUGGCAACGCAAUAUUUUGUUAGUUUAAAACCAAUACCGUUGCGGAAGAUGUUCAAAAGAAAAUGUCGGAGUGUAUACCGUACGUGAAUCGAUUAUUCGUUGAAUUUAACAAAGUGAAAAAAAGAAAAGUGGAUGUGUGCACCUGGUUUGGAACUUACAAUACUAGUGACAAAUACUUAAACAGUCAGUGCGUCAGAAAUGCUGUUCGUAACAUCGGUACUCGAAGAAACUGUAUCAAAAAAAAAAAUAUCGAUAUGACGCUGUAUAAAAGAGAAACUUCAUUUGUGUAAGCAAUGAUACGUUGAUAUGAAGCAAUUGCAGAUGUCCACUAAUGAGACUGAACAGAUUAAUAUAGACACGUAUAUUAAAACAUUAAGCGUCGUUCUAUAUGUGGCACCUUACAAUACAGAAAAAGUAAAUAUGUUUAUAAAAUCUUGAAUAUAAAUGAAUUCAUACUCUGUUUUCAUAAAAAAAGGUAUUCCUGUAUUUGAAUUUACACAGUUGUGGGCAUUCUGGGAGUGAAUUGUAUAAAAUUGUGGAUAAUACUCGUCGACACACGUUUGGUUGUUGGUAUAAUAUAAAAAGGAUCCAUUUGCCAUGAAAUUUGUAAUUUAAGGUUCUGUUAUUGUCUAUUUAUUUAUUGCGUUCCAAAAAAAGUUAACAAAGUUGUUAUUUUGUAACUGGCGAAACAGUAUGGAAAUAUUAAAUUAGUGGAGUUCAGAACGGAAUUAUUUCAGCAUGCAACAGUUUAGGGUCUUCGAUUUAGAUUGCGAUUGAGCGUAGUAAUCCUUCUUAUAUUGCACUUGUGCUCUCAAUCUUCUGUAUUGCAAGGUCGUAUAACAAUUUUUUUAUAGGAGAAAGGGUUGACGAUGAAACUCAUAAAGUGCUGUGCAGUAAGUAUUACUGUCAACGCGUGAAGAAUAAACUGAAAAAAAUAUUGAGCUGCUGCUCAAUGGGUAAGCGGUACGUGGAGGUGUUCACCUUGGUGCCAGCUCAUCCAUGAAUUAUCUCAAUUGUAAGUUUUAGUGCAAAACGUAAUGGCUACAGCAAGAGAACUGUGUAAAAACGUGUGUCCAGUGUUUUUGUGAAUAAUAUGAGAGUAAUAACGAAGAACAACACGGAACUGUAAUUAUACUCUCGAGAAGUAUGUAAAAGAUAAGAUAAUUGAAUGAGAAUGAACAUAAACAGGAAACUGCAUAAUGUAGAAACCGAUUGUUAUGAAAACAAAUACAUACAAUUCAUAUUAUUGAUCAAAAAUAUUAAUAAUCGAUUUUAUCAGCUUAUGGUUUGACAUCUCAGUGUUAUUUAAAUGGUAACUUUCAUCGCUGGGGUUUUUACAUGCAAUGAGAAGACAAUACUUAUGAAAUACUUGCAUCUUCUCGAACUGCCUGGUGGAAACAUUUAGUAUGAACUAUUUCGUGACACAAGUGCAGUUAUUAGUAACGAACAGUGGUACGCUGUACGGAGCUGUAGAAACUGGAGUUCGACAGAGAUUAGAAAGAUAAAAAUGAUCGACGUAAUGUAUAGGUGAACAGUUAAAUAAAUGCUUACUUAUAAGUAAUCGAUGCUUGAAAUUCAUUAAGAAGAAUCUCUUAUGCAAUUAGAUGUACAGUUUCAUAGUUAAUUAAUUAAUUAAUGUAGAACCAUAGAUUUUUCACCAUUGCCUUUAGCAAACAAUCGUUUACGUGCUCAUAUCAUUCAUUAAAUAAAAGAAACUACAAAUAUUUUAUAAAUAUUUAUUGCAAAGUUCCACUGGUCGUUACGCCAUACUGUACUUGAACUGAAUACAUAAGCUAUAUUGCAAAACUUAUUUUUGUGUAAUAUUUCGUAGGAUGUGUCAAGAUUGUAAAUAGGGUAAGGUUCCGUACUUGUAAUAAAACAACGAAAAAUUAAGACUA